AGGGUUUGUAUACAUGAACCAGUAUGGCGCGACUUCGAUAACCGAUCAUUUCUCAUUUCAUCCUCCGUCGACCCUUAGCAUUGCACGAGAAAACCCUAGUUUUCUACGAUGGUGAACUGGAGGAUUAGGCAAGAAUGGGAGGAAUACGAUCUCCAAAGCUCAUACGCUGACAAUCCAUGUAUGUUCUCGAUACGAUUGAACUAUGGUGGAGUUUUUACGAAGUUUCCAGGCCGCAAAUACAUAAAGGGGAAAAUGAAAUAUAUUGAUGGCAUUGAUAGUGACUUGUUCUCGGUGCAUGAUAUGGACGAGAUAAUGGUAUUGCUUGAUUGUGUGGAACCAGGUAAAAGUAUUUAUUAUCAUUUCAAACGACCAACCUGGGAUUUAGAUUUUGGGUUGUAUGCUUUGGGUUGUGACGAAGAUAUAAACCACUUUAGGUCAUACGUGUAUGAACACAAGGUGAUAGAAGUGUAUACAGAGUUUUGGGAAACCAAGCUGCAUACGUAUCAAAUGUCCCCAAACCCUGCAAAGAUAAAGAUACACGAAAUUCCUGAGUCCCUUUGUCGUAAAAGCUUGUUAUUGACAUGGUCAAAUUCAAGGGAUUGUCCUAGUGAAGAAGCCCCUGUUUUUGAGAAUGUAGAAACUAUGGACGAACCCCCUAGUACAUUACUUGAAACAACCUUGGAACAACCCCUUGUUACAUUGAGUGAAACAGUUGAGUCAACCCCUGCCUAUAUACCAAGAAUUGAAAGCCCUUUGACUGAACCAAUGAUAGGAAGCACAUGUCCUAAUGUUGAUGGUUGGGAUGAAACAUUUGAAGGGUGUGAACCUUUUGGUGGGACUCCUAUGGAACAAGAUGAACCAAAUAGUGAAAAAGCAGGUGAAGACAGUCAAGCUAGUAAAGACAGGCAUGAUAGUGAUGACACUGAAGAUAGUGAAUACAGUCAAGAUAGUGAUUACAUAGUUGAUGAAGAUAAUUUGUUAGAUGAUCCAGAGGUUGAUAUGAAGAACUUUCACCUCAACAUUGACAAAGAGGUGGAAUGGGUUGGAAGUUUUCCUGAUGAUCGAGAUGAAGCAGUAGAAGGUGAUGAAGAAUUAGAUGUUAUAAACACUGAAGAAUUUGUAUCUGCAUCUUCAUCAGAUGAGGGUGAAGCUAGUAAAAAAAGGAAGAAGAUAAGAGAUUUACGAAGAGCACAUAAGAAUGAAGCAGCUGCUGUCAAAGAUCCAUUUUACAUCCACCAGACUUUUAGCACAGCCAAGGAAGUUAAACAACAAAUUUAUCUUCAUUCCAUACAGAGUAGAAGGGAGUUAGACUUCGUCAAGAAUGACAAAAAUAGGAUUAGAGUGGUUUGCAAAGGGACAAUACCAAACCUUGGGAUAUUAGAAACAGGUGGGACCAGCAAAAGUAAUGACAAAGUGGGACCAAGUCAAAAGAAAAAGAAAGUGAAAGAUGGUUCUAUUCAUAAAUGCCCAUGGGUCCUACUAGUGAGUAAAUGGAAAAAAGACAUUAACUGGACUGUUAAGACCUAUGAAAAGCAACAUACGUGCCUUCAAACAAGGAAAAUUAGGGCAUGUAACUACAAGUUUCUCUCUGAACAGAUUGUUGACACAGUGGAGGCAAACCCAGAAAUACCACUUAGAGCAUUACGUGAGAUGCUUGAGAAGAAAUACCAACUUGGAUUGUCAGACAUGAAAGUUCAUAUGGCGAAAACGAAAGCCCUGGAAUCAAUUAGGGGAGAUUUUGCUGCUCAGUACUCAUGUCUAAGAGACUACUUACAGGAGGUGCAGACAGGGAAAAGAGAUUUACUAGGGCUUGAUGGUGCAUUCAUGAAGGGUCCAUACCAUGGUAUGAUCUUGACAGCAGUGGGUUUAGAUGGGAACAAUUGCACAUACCCUUUGGCAUAUUCAGUUGUUGAAGCAGAGAACUUUAAUUCAUGGACCUGGUUUUUAACUAGCUUAGGAGAUGAUCUUGGUUUGUAUGCAAACUCCAACUUCACUUUCAUAUCAGAUAGACAGAAGGGGUUAUUGCCUGCACUUGAGAAACUUUUCCCAGCAGCAGAGCAUAGAUAUUGCCUAAGGCAUCUUCAUGAGAACAUGAAACAUAAAUGGAGGGGCAAGGAAUUCAAGGAUUGUCUUUGGAAAUGUGCAACAUGUACCACCAUACCACAAUUCAACAGUGUCAUGGAAGAACUAAAGAAACUUAACAGUGAAGCAUAUGACUGGCUUAAUUCUAUUCCACCUAAUCACUGGUCCAGAUCCCACUUCUCAGGGAGGGCACAUUGUGAUGCUUUGUUGAAUAAUAUGUGUGAGAGUUUGAAUAGCAAGAUAGUGAAGGGUCGUGAUAAGCCAAUUAUCAGCUGCUUGGAGUUUAUUAGGGAGUAUAUCAUGAGGAAAAUUGUCAUGGUUCAAAAAGAAAUUGAUAAAGCUAAUGGCCCAUUAACUCCUACAGCCACUAAGACCCUUGAAAAAAUUAAAGAAAGGGCAGUACAGUGUAGGGCAGUGUUCUGUGGCAAUGGGAAGUACCAGGUAACAGGCAUACCCUGCAAACAUAGUAUAGCAGCUAUAUGGGAUAUGAGGCUCAAUAAUGAAAAUGUUGGAAUACCUGAGACAUGGGUACACCCAACUUAUUGUCUCAAGACUUGGAAAGAAAUGUAUGUCUUCAAAGUUGAACCUAUUAAUGGGAGGUUAUUGUGGGAAAAAAGCACAUGUCCUACCAAGUUGAUACCACCAAAGUAUCGUGUCCCUAUUGGCAGACCAAAAAAAAAGAGAAGAAGAUCUGCAACAGAAGAUGAUGGAGUGUCCACAAAAUGGAAAUCUGUAACAUGCACAAAAUAUGGAAAUGUGGGCCAUAAUGGAAGGACCUGCAAGGGACAAUCACAGACUGGGAAUGGAACAGGAGAAGGUGCAACAGGGAAUACAACAGGAGAAGGUGCAGCAGGUAGCAGUGGUGGUGUACAAAAUGGAGUUAGGAACAAAGGAAAAAGCCCCAUGCUUUGA